AUGAGAUCAGAGGAGAUGGCGGAGCGGCGGAGCCGAACGCGCUCGCCGCCGGCAGCGCCCCCUCUCGCGCGGGAGGACGCACUCCCCCCGCGCCGCGACCCCCGGCCCCGGGAAGGCGCCUGCGGCGGGGCCGUGUCACCUGGCGUGACCCGACGGGGUGGGGGGCUUUCCCCGAGGAGCCGGAGAGAACAGCGAGGGAGGGGACACACGCACACGGAGUCCUGUGGAGAAUCCGAACGGAAAAAGUUCAUCGCAAUGUUCGGUUCGCUUUUCCUCAGGGAGGAGAGGGUCGCCCCUCCAGCGGCGCCCCCGGGGUGCGCGCGAGGCGCGGCCGUUGGGGGCGGCGGCCGCCGGUCUCCUCACGCCCCUCAGCCCCACGCCGUGAGGGCGGGCUCGGGCCGGCUGGCGGCGGCGGGGGGAAGCCUGAGCCAUAACACAACAAACGCUCACCUCGCCCCCCCCAAACUGCCCUCGCCUCCCCAAAGUCUGAACAUUCAGUCACGGGGGGUCGUGCGAAGCGGGGAGCGCUCUCCAGCGAGGGCUGCCCGGGGCUCCCCGCCGGCUGCGGUGCCUCGCCGGGGCUCGGUGAGAACGGCCACAAAGCAGCGGGGGUUGCGGCAGCUGCUGCGAAGCCUCGGGGAGAGCCGCGUCUUCACUUACGAGCUCGCAGCUCCUCCGGUUGCAGCGAGUCCUAGAGUGGCGUCACCCGCGGGACGGGGGCGCAGGACGCGGGGCCCCGCCGCCCCUCGGUGUCCGCCCGUGGCACAGGGCGGCGGGAGCCGCGGGACGAGGCCUCCACCAGGCACCGUUUGUCGGGUCCCCACUUCGGGUGUCAUUUCCACCCGCAGAACAAAGUCUGAUUCUGUGCCUUUAAAAGCAGCUUCACUUUCCCCCUGUUACUAAUACAACUCUGUAAAGCCUCUACUAGCUCUAACCCUCAUUUGCAUCAUCAGAGUUCAUAUGCUACACCUUUAGCUUAGAAGUCAUAGUACAAAAGUCUUGAAAAUACAGGAAAUGUGCAAAGCAGGCCCUUCGCAUUGUUGUUCACUAAAAGACAAAGGCUUUUGACGUCGAUGGUGAGAAAAGGUGCCCA